CAGAACGAGGCAGACGGACAGGCAGACGGACGGGCAGACGGACGGGCAGAGACCGAUGUGUGCAGGAUGCGGCGCCUCUGGGUGCUGACCUGGGCCUUCAGCUGCCUCACCUUGUCUCUGCAGGAGCCCAGGUUGGUGCUGUUGGCUCCUUCGGUGGCUCAUGUGGGGGUGCCUCUGUCUGUGGGGGUACUGCUGCAGGAUGCUCCCCACGGGCAGGUGGUGGCAGGGUCCGUGUACCUGCGGAACCCGUCCGCCUCUGCCCACUGCUCCCCGAGAGUGAACUUUGCCCUCCGCUCAGAAAAAAACUUCGAGCUCCUCAGCCUCCAGUUCCCCCUGGACAUGAAAUGUGGUCUCAGAGAGCUCCACGGAGUCCACCGUGUCCAGCUGCUGGCUGAGUCGCCAUGGCUGAUGAACCAUGGGUUCAAAGGAGUUGACACUCAGGGCAUCAACCUGCUUCUGUCCUAUCGCCGGGGACACCUCUUCCUGCAGACUGACCAGCCCGUCUACAACCCGGGCCAGCGGGUCCGGUACCGGGUGUUUGCUCUGGAUCAGAAGAUGCGCCCGGCCAGGGACGUUCUCAUGGUCACGGUGGAGAACCAGCAUGGCCUCCGUGUGCGGACACUGGAGAAAUACAUCCCCAGGGCCAUCUACCAGGAUGACUUUGUGAUCCCAGACAUCUCAGAGCCGGGGACUUGGAAGAUCUCAGCCCGAUUCCAAAAUGACAUGGAGUCCAACUACAGCACCCAGUUCGAGGUGAAGAAAUAUGUCCUCCCCAACUUUGAGGUGAAGAUUACUCCCGGGAAGCCCUAUAUCCUCACCACGCCCGACUUCCUCGAUGACAUCCAGUUAGAAGUCCAGGCCAGGUACCUCUACGGGAAGCCAGUGAAGGGAGUGGCCUAUGUGCGCUUCGGGCUUUUGGGAGAGGAUGAUGAGAAGACGUUCCUGAGGGGCUUGGAGAGUCAGUCCAAGCUGGUCGAUGGCAAGUGCCACAUUGCGCUGUCCAAGGCCGAGCUCCAGGGCGCCCUGGGGAAGGUCAAUCUCGCUGUCACGGACCUCCCGGGCUUGCGCUUGUAUGUGGCAGCGGCCAUUAUUGAGUCUCCAGGAGGGGAGUUGGAGGAGGCGGAGCUCACGUCCUGGCGUUUCGUGUCGUCUCCCUACGUCCUGGACCUUAGCAGCACCAAGCGACACCUGGUGCCGGGGACCCCCUUCCUGCUGCAGGCUCUGGUUCGGGACCUGUCGGGCGCCCCAGCCUCUGGUGUCCCCGUCCAAGUUGCUGCCAAGUUCUUGUCUUCUCCCGGUGCUGCUUCCCAAGCUCAGAACUUAGAGCAAAACACAGAUCUGAACGGCCACGUCAUCAUUCCCGUCGUUCUCCCCCAGAGCACCUCGGAAAUGCAGCUUUCGGUGUCUGCGGGUUCCUCCUAUCCCGCGUCAGCCAGCCUCUCGGUGAAAGCGCCGCCCGCUGGAGGCCCGGGGUUUCUGUCCAUCGAGCAUCUGGAUCCUCGGCCCCCUCACGUCGGGGACGUGCUCAGCCUGAACCUGCGGGCCGUGGGCCCCAGCAGGGGAAGCUUCUCGCAUUACUACUACAUGGUCGUCUCCCGAGGCCGGAUCUUGUUGCUGAAGCGAGAGCCCCGCCAGGACCUGACGUCCGUCUCCUUCACGGUGGGACACGACAUGGCCCCCUCCUUCUACUUUGUGGCCUUCUACUAUCACCAGGGCCUGCCCGUGGCCAACUCCCUGCGAAUAAAGGUCCAAGCCGGGGCCUGCGAGGGCCAGCUGGAGCUGAUGGUGCCUGGGGAAAAGGAGUAUCGUCCCGGAGAGUCAGCCACGCUCAGACUCCGGACGGAUUCUCGGGCGUACGUGGCGUUGGCGGCCGUGGACACAGCGCUGUAUGCCGUGGGCAGCAAGCCCCGCAAACCCCUGGACAUGGGCAAGGUGUUUGAAGUCAUGAGCAACUACGACCAGGGCUGUGGUCCCGGGGGUGGGAACAACGCCCUGGAGGUGUUUCAGGCAGCUGGGCUGGCCUUCUCGGAUGGACACCUCCUGACUCCAGUCAGACAGAGCCUGGGCUGCCCCAAGGAGAGGAACAGCCGGAAAAGGAGGAGUCUGAACUUGCAGAAGGAGAUGAGGGAGAAAUUGGGCCAGUACAGUUCCCCAGAAGCCAAGCGCUGCUGCCAGGACGGGCUGACGAAGCUGCCGAUGGGUCGCACCUGUGAGCAGCGCGCGGCACGCGUGAGCCCCGACAGCUGCCGGGAGCCCUUCCUGGCCUGCUGCGAGUUUGCAGUGCGCCUGCGCAGGCAGGCCCGCGCCAAGGCGCCCGAAGGCUUCGCCCGAACCUUGGAGACCCUGCAGGAGGAGGAACUGAUACACGAGGAUGACGUUGUCGUGCGCAGCUACUUCCCCGAGAACUGGCUCUGGAAAGUGCAGCUGGUGGACCACGCAAACCAAACGACUCUGCUGUUCCCCGACUCUCUGACCACGUGGGAGAUCCACGGGGUGAGCCUGUCGGAGAGCACAGGACUGUGUGUGGCCAAACCCAUCCAGCUUCGAGUGUUCCAGGAAUUCCACCUGCACCUGCGCCUGCCCGUCUCCGUCCGCCGCUUUGAGCAGCUCGAGCUGCGGCCCGUCCUCUACAACUACCUGCCCGUGAACCUGACCGCGAGUGUCCACGUGUCCCCUGUGGAAGGGCUGUGCCUGGCUGGGGGCGGAGGACUGGCCCAGCAAGUGCUGGUGCCCGCCGGCUCUGCCCGGCCCGUCGGCUUCUCGGUGGUGCCCACGGCCGCCGGUGAUAUAUCUCUGAAGGUGGUGGCCCGGGGACCCGUGGAUUUCCUCUUCGGGGACGCCGUGUCUAAGGUUUUGCAUGUGGAGAAGGAAGGUGCCCUCCACCUGGAGGAGAUCGUCUAUGAUCUCAACCCCCAGAGGUACCGAGGCCGGACCUUGGAAAUUCCCGGCAACUCUGAUCCCAAUAAGAUCCCUGAUGGAGAUUUCAGAAGCUAUGUCAGGGUUACAGCCUCCGAUCCCAUCGACACUCUCGGCCCUGAGGGCGCCUUGUCCCCGGGGGGCUUGGCCUCCCUGCUGAGGAUCCCCGUGGGCUGUGGGGAGCAGACCAUGAUCUUGCUGUCCCCAACACUCGCCGCCUCCCGCUACCUGGACAAGACCGAGCAGUGGAGCUUAUUGCCCCCCGAGACCAAGGACCACGCAGUGGAUCUGAUCCAGAAAGGCUACGUGCGGAUCCAGCAGUUCCGGAAGGACGAUGGCUCCUACGGGGCGUGGCUGCAUCGCAAGAGCAGCACCUGGCUCACAGCCUUUGUGCUGAAGAUCCUGAGUUUGGCCCAGGAGCAGGUGGGCGGCUCAGCGGAGAAGCUGCAGGAGACCGCCCAGUGGCUCCUGACCCAGCAGCAGGACGACGGCUCCUUCCAGGACCUCUCCCCCGUCAUUCACAGGGACAUGCAGGGGGGCUUGGUGGGAAGUGACGAGACUGUGGCACUCACGGCCUUUGUGGUCAUCGCCCUCCAUCACGGACUGGUCGUCUUCGAGGACGACAGUGCAGCGCCCCUGAAGCACAGCGUGGAAACGUCCAUCUCCAAUGCAAACUCGUUCUUGGCGGCCAAAGCAGCCUCCGGGCUCCUGGGUGCCCACGCAGCCGCCAUCACAGCCUACGCCCUGACGCUGACCAAGGCCUCUAAGGACCAUCAGGAAGUCGCCCACAACAACCUGAUGGCCAUGGUCCAGGAGACCGGCAACAGCCUAUACUGGAGCUCAGUCAUCACCUCUCAGAACAAUGACGUGACACUGGCCCCGCCCCCUCGCCACCCGGAAGACCCCAUGCCACAGGCCCCUGCGGUGUGGGUUGAAACCACGGCGUAUGGCCUGCUUCACCUGCUGCUGCGGGAGGGCAAGGCGGAGAUGGCCGAGCAGGUGGCCUCCUGGCUCACCCAGCAGAGCUCCUUCAAGGGGGCGUUCCGCAGCACCCAGGACACGGUCAUCGCCCUGGACGCCCUGUCUGCCUACUGGAUCGCCUCGCACACCCACGAGGAGAAGGAACUCAAUGUGACGCUCAGCUCCAUGGGCCGCAGCGGACCCUUGACCUACAACCUGCAGCUGAACAACCACCAAGUGCAGGGCCUGGAGGAGGAGCUGCAGUUUUCCUUGGACAACAAGAUCAGUGUGAAGGUGGGAGGGAACACCAAAGGAACCUUGAAGGUCCUCCGUGCCUACAACAUCCUGGACAUGAACACCACCUGCCAGGACCUGCAGAUCGAGGUGACAGUCACGGGCCAUGUCGAGUACGCAAUGGAGGCGAAUGAGGACUACGAAGACUACUACUACGGGGAGGACGUCCAGGGGGAUGACCCGGAGGCCCACGCCCCGCCGGUGACGCCCCUGCAGCUGUUUGAGGGCCGGAGAAACCGCCGCAGAAGAGAAGCGCCCAAGGCGGGCAGCGAGCAGGAAUUCAAAGUGCAGUACACGGUGUGCAUCUGGCGGAGCGGCAAGGUCGGGCUGUCGGGCAUGGCCAUUGCGGACAUCACCCUCCUGAGCGGCUUCCACGCCCUCCGGGCUGACCUGGAGAAGCUGACCUCCCUCGUGGACCGCUACGUGAGUCACUUUGAGACGGAGGGGCCCCAUGUUCUGCUGUACUUCGACUCGGUCCCUACCACCAAGGAGUGCGUGGGAUUCGGCGCCAUCCAGGAGGUGGCCGUGGGCCUGGUGCAGCCAGCCAGCGCGACCCUGUACGACUACUACAACCCCGAGCGCAAAUGUGCAGUGUUUUACGGAGCACCAAGCAGGAGCAAAAUCCUGUCUACGUUGUGCUCUGGGGAUGUCUGCCAGUGUGCUGAGGGAAAGUGCCCCCGACAGCGGCGUGCCCUGGAGCGGGAACUGCAGGAGGACGAUGGAUACCGGAUGAAGUUUGCCUGUUACGACCCGCGUGUGGAGUACGGCUUCCGGGCGAAGGUGCUCCGGGAAGACAGCAAAACCGCUUUCCGCCUCUUUGAGACCAGCCUCACCCAAGUCCUGCACUACAACAAGGACGUCAAGGCCACUCCUGGUCAGACCCGAAACUUCCUGGUUCGAGCCUCUUGCCGCCUCCGAUUGGAAACGGGGAAGGAGUAUUUGAUCAUGGGUCUGGACGGGCCCACAAAGGACCACCAGGGAAACCCCCAGUACCUGCUGGAUUCCAACAGCUGGAUUGAGGAGGUGCCGUCGGAACGCUUGUGUCGGACCACCCGCCACCGGGGCGCCUGUGCCCAGUUCCAAGACUUCCUGCAGGAGUACAGCUCCCAGGGCUGCCAGGUGUGAGGGCAGGAGGAGCCCCGGGCCCAGCCCACGGCCCCCAGCAUAGCCCAGGGGGGCCCCCACAGUAACCGCAAUAAAGAACAAAAUCAGU